GUACCUGACAGAAGCGCCACCACGCGCUUGAACUGGAACUGCAGACGCCACGGUCGAGUGAGGAAGAAACGAAUUUGAGGAUGACUUCUCCUGACGUGCUCGAGACUCAACAUGGGGGGUUUAACUUUGAAAACUGCUUCAGGAAUUCGCAACUACAAACUUCCAGCGCACAAGACAUAAAACUGAAAGCCAAAAAGACCGGUACCACGAUAGCUGGGGUGGUUUUCAAGGAUGGGGUGGUUCUGGGGGCCGACACCCGUGCUACGUCGGGGGAAGUGGUCUCCGAUAAGAACUGCUCCAAAAUUCAUUACAUCGCCCCAAACAUUUACUGCUGUGGUGCAGGAACAGCGGCUGACACGGUGAAGACCACGGACUUGCUGCGCUCCAACCUGACCCUGCAGGCCCUCUCCAUGGACCGCAAACCGCGCCUGGUCAUGGCCUGCCGCAUCCUGCAGGACUUUCUCUACCGGCACAAAGGGCAGAUCAGUGCCAUGCUGCUGCUGGGUGGAGUGGACUGCACCGGGCCCCAUAUCUUCACCGUCGGCCCCUACGGCUCCGUCAACAAGGCCCCCUUUGAAACUAUGGGGUCUGGAAGCCUCCCAGCUUUGUCCGUUUUUGAAGACCGUUUCAAACCCAACAUGAGUGAGGAGGAGGCCAAACAGCUGGUUCGGGACGCGAUCGCGGCCGGGAUCGCCAACGACCUGGGCUCGGGGAGCAACGUGGACCUCUGCGUCAUCCGGCGGGACGGGGUGGAGUACAUCCGCCCGUUUGAGGCCUCCAACUACAGGGGCCAAAGGUUGGGGAAAUACAAGUAUGACAAGGGAACCACUCCAGUCCUCAGUGAACAGACCACCAAGCUGCAGGUGGACCUGGUUGAAGAGACCGUGCAACAGAUGGAGGUUGUGUAACACGCUAUAAGAUCCCCUGUGACACAGCGUCUGUAUAUUUCAUGGUUCCAUCAUGUUUAUGCAAAAUAUUCCUUUCUGUCAACCUGUUGUGUGGUUCUGAGAAUAACGUGUGACCCUGUGUGCUGUUUUUCUUUGCUACAAUUUACACAGUAAAUGAGACAGAGUAAAAGAGUGAAAGGCAAACAACAAUCCUUCAAUGACUUAAUUGUGAAUCAAUUUAACACAUUAAUUUGUUGAUUUUUUUGUUGUUAUUUUAGUUUUUCAGCUUUCAUUGUCAGGGCACUGUUUUGAUGUCAAUGAUAAAUAUUCCCAGGGACUGCUGAAGGUUGGCUGUAAGGAAAUUUUUGCUUGCAGGCAUGAGAAGCUAUCACAUAAAUACACUGUGAACAGGGCAUAAAUAAAAUGCAUACUGUUUGGAAAUAAAA